AUGAAGGUUACGGGAGUCAGCAUUGGAGCUUUAGCUGCAGUGUCAGCCAUUGCAAUGGCUUCUGGUGGCGACAAACAAACCGGUGAUGGUAUUACCACCACCAUCACUACCACGACCGGAACGCACAAGGCGGGCAAGUUCAACAAGACUUCGCCUUCCGAAGAGCCAACAACUAGCGGUACUCAUAAGUACGGUAGGUUCGACAAGACCUCGCCUUCCGAAGAGCCAACAUCUACCGGUACUCAUAAGUACGGUAAGUUUAACAAGACCUCGCCUUCCGAAGAGCCAACAUCUACCGGUACUCAUAAGUACGGUAAGUUUAACAAGACCUCGCCUUCCGAAGAGCCAACAUCUACCGGUACUCAUAAGUACGGUAAGUUUAACAAGACUAGCAACCCAACUUCAACUGUCUACGCCAAGGACGCCGCCGUCAACGCAGCACCAUCUGACUUCGACGGUGCUCACAAGGUUUUGGGCCUAACCGUUGGCUCCGCUGCCCUUGUUGGUGCCCUAAUGUUGUUGUAA